AUGCCGUUACGAUAUUAUUUUGAUAUGCUAUCCCAGCCAUCCAGGACCGUUUAUAUAUUUUUGCGGCUGAAUAAUGUUCCAUUUGAACCGAAACUUGUAGCUCUGAGAAAAGGUGAACACAAGAGUGAUGAAUAUAAACAGAUUAACCCUUUUGGACUUGUUCCUGCUAUUGAUGAUGAUGGUUUUAAACUAACGGAGAGCAUAGCCAUCCUGAAGUACAUCAUUAAUAAAAAUGGCCUACCUGAUCAUUGGUAUCCACAAAAAAACCUCAAGAAGCAAGCUCGAGUUGAAGAAUACCUUCAUUGGCACCACUUCAACACCCGAGCAAAGUGUGCACUCUUGUUUCAACAGUUGCUGAUUAUUCCAAGAGCUACAGGAAAACCAGUCAACCAGGAGAAAGUAAGCAACUGCAGAAAAGAAGUCACUAAAAUGGUCGAGGAUCUGGAAUCUUACUUUCUGAAAAAUACCCGUUACCUUGGAGGGGAUGAGCUGUCUAUUGCAGACUUGCUGGGCACCUGUGAACUAUUGCAGUUGUACGGGGUCCAUGAGCAGGGAUUGUAUGAAAGCUCACCGACAGUCAAGGCUUGGAUUGAGAGAGUGCGGCAAGAUACCAACCCAAUAUUUGAUGAGGCACACAAAAUGGUUGCCAGAACUCAUGAUGUGUAUAAACAGAUUUCUGCUAAAUUAUAG